ACUUGAGGAGUUGGGAAGAACAAUCUACAUACUAGUCCACACUGGUGGUCUUAUUUUCUGCUAGGGUUAGGGUUUCCUGGAUACGCAAUGGCUAACCGUACGGACCCAACGGCGAAGAGCAUACACGGAACCAAUCCGCAGAACCUUGUGGAGAAAAUAGUGCGGUCGAAGAUUUACCAGAACACUUACUGGAAGGAGCAGUGCUUCGGGCUGACGGCGGAGACGCUGGUCGACAAGGCUAUGGAGCUGGAUCACCUUGGCGGAACCUUCGGCGGAAACCGCAAGCCCACGCCUUUCAUGUGCCUCGUCAUGAAGAUGCUCCAGAUCCAGCCCGAGAAGGACAUCGUCGUCGAAUUUAUCAAGAAUGAGGAUUACAAGUACGUCCGUGUCCUCGGCGCCUUUUACUUGCGUCUUACCGGAACGGAUAUCGACAUUUAUCGCUACCUUGAGCCUCUGUACAAUGAUUAUCGCAAGUUGAGGCUCAAAUCAUCUGAAGGAAAGUUUACUUUAACUCAUGUGGACGAGUAUAUUGACGAGCUGCUAACAAGUGAUUACUCUUGUGAUAUUGCCCUGCCUAGAGUUAAGAAAAGAUGGACCCUUGAAUCUCUUGGUCAAUUGGAACCCCGAAGAAGUGCUUUGGAAGAUGACUUUGAAGAGGAGGAGGAGAAGGAUGAGGAUGAGCAGUUAACUACUGGAUUAGAUGAUGGGCAUGAUAAGGAUUAUCAUCAUGGUCACAGUCCAACAAGGGAAAGAGAUAGGGACAGGAGGCGAGAUAGAGAUAGUCACAGAUACAGGGAUCGUGAUUAUGACAGAGACCGAGAUUAUGAUAGAGAGUAUGACAGGGAUCGUGACUAUGAUAGGGAGCGGGGAAGAGGACGUGACAGGGACAGGGAUAGAGACAGAGAUAGAGAUAGGGACAGGGAACGCCAUCGGUUGAGGGAAGACAAGGACUAUGGCCGUGAUAGGGAUCGAGAAAGGGACAGAGAAGGCAGGGAACGGGAUAGACGUGAUCGGGGUCGCAGAAGGAGCCACUCUAGAAGCAGAAGCAGAGACCGCAAGGAUCGUGAUGAUGAGCGGCGUAAGAGACAUGCUCGCAGCAGUGCUAGUCCCACUAGGGAUGAACCCAAGAAAAAGAAGAAAGCUGAGAAGAAGGAGAUGAGAGAGGAUGGAACCGAUCAUCCAGACCCAGAGAUUGCCGAAGCAAAUAGACUGAGGGCAUCCCUUGGGUUGAAACCUUUGAAGUAGUAACAAAUAGAAGAGCAGUGGCUUGCAGUAUGCAUGCAAUUUGUGUAGUUUGUUUCUAAUACUAUAUAAGCUACUGCAGCUUGUGCUUUUGAAUGGUUACUGUACCAAAUAUUCUAAACCCCUUGGUGCUUGUAUAAUCAUCUUACCCUUGGAGUUGCAAUAUUUUAGUGGACCAAAUCUUUAACCUCAGUCUCAAUAUUA